AACCACAUGCCCAGAUCUGAAGGGCGCUGGAGGAAUCGUCACGCCGCUCUACUUCGGGCAUGGAGCCAGCGUUCACACGAUCCGCGAAGGGGGCUGGUUGUCCCCGUGCAAACCCGAACAACCAAGCAACCCCGGAGGCGCAAAGUGUUUCUGAAAUCAUGGAGAGCCCCAACAACUUCUGCCGUCUUUGUGGCAGCGUGCUGCGUGGGAAUCAUCGGCGGUGGCUAUUCAGCCGGAACAGUUCCAGCUCGCGCCCCGACCUGCUGGUGAUACUCUCCUAUGUUCUCGACCGAGAGCUUCCCCAGCGUGGAGAUGGGCGCGGAGAAUUCCUGUGUGGGAAAUGUGCCCACACCUUGGCGCGGGUAUAUAAUUUUGACACGGUCAUCGCCCGGAUUCAAGCACUCUCCAUUGAGAGCCUCCAGCGCCUGCUUUUGGAGAAAGACCAGUUGGUCCGCUCGCUGCGCCACAUCUACAUGCGGCGGUUUCCAGAUAAUGAGGCCUCUGUGUCCUACACGGGCCAAGAGAUCUCAGCCAGCAUCGCGGAUUUGCCACAUGUGCAGUACCAGCGCCUCCUGCAGGACGAUAUGGCCCUCUCUGAAUAUGAGUGCUGGGCUGACGCCCCUGACAGCAGCCAGCCGGGCACCCCGUGUCGGAACCGCCAAUGUCGCAGCUGUCACGGGCUGAGGGUGGACGACAACACUUAUGAGUGGGUGUGCCGGACACCGAGACGGCUGGGGUCCCCUGUCUUCCCCCUCUGCCGGGACAAGUCGCAGAGCAUGCCUACCGUGUGCUGCACGAGCUCCCAGGCCUCUCUGCUGUCCCAGAGCUUGGGGGACGUCGAGUCGUGUUCCAUGCUAUCGUUGGACACUUUGCCAGAAUCGGAACUAGCAUGGGAGGCGCUGAAAAACCUAAAGGACAUUAGAAGGAAGCCGCUAAAGGUCCCAUCUGGAAGUAAAAUCCCCGUCUUGGUGGGCAACUGGCAGAGGGCCACUCCCCGGAGAGAGAGACCCUUCGAAAAAGAAUUAUUUGAGGACCUAAUGGUUGAGUUUCUGCCUUUUGACCCAAAGGUAAGAGGUACGAAAAAGUAA